CUGUACAAAAAAGUUAAUUAUUAAUAUCUAAAAUUCGCCCUAAUCAAUUUCAGCGUCCAUUCGGAACGAGAGCAACGGAAAAGAUGUUCUACAGUAACAAGUUGGCGGUGUUGUUAAACCGGUGGCCGGGCAAGGAGAGGUUCGGCAUGUACAGAUUCCUUCCAGUGUUCUUCGUCCUGGGGGCCGUUCUCGAGUUCUCCAUGAUCAAGUGGCAAGUCGGCGAAGUGAACUUUUACUCCAUCUACAAAAAGAAACAAGCCCAAAAGAUAAUUCUUGCUGAAAUGAACAAUGCUGCAGACGAAAGCGUCUAGAGAGCGGCAGAAGAGUUUCUUGUCCAGAUUUCUAAAUGACAUCAUAAUAGCAAACUAUUUAUUAAGAAGAUGUAAUGGUGAAUUGUAUACAAUGUACUGGUGUAGUAAUAAUAAUAAUAUUAAUAAUAAUUUGAUAGUGGGUUAUGAUUUAGUUGGUAGUGUCAUAAAUUGUGAUUUGUCAUUGAGUUGUUUAGCGUAGUAAAUCAAUAGAAUGUUUGAUUUAUGCCUCACUUAUAGUGACUGUGGCCUCAUGUUACAUAUUUAUUUCUUUUAACUUUUUAUUAUUUAAAUUCAUCCCUUUGUAUGCAUAUCGAAACGUGUUUUUCUCUUGCCAUUUGAAGACUGUAGCAUUUUUUGAAAAUAGGUUUUUAUUUAAACUGAGAAAUAUUGAUAUGGAGCUGAUAUAAAAAUAUCAAAAUGUAGUUUAAUCAGCUACAAAUGUUGAAUUACACAUAGGAAAGAUAGAAGUGUUUGAUCUAAAUGUUGAUCCGGAAACAAUUACAUCAUUACACUGCAUUUUUAUACUGUUGAGAUCACCCAUUGGCCCAAUAAUUACUUCUCUUGCUUCCAGUUAGGCCUAUAAUGGGAGAAAUAUUAUAGGGCAGUUUCUGUCGAAGAAUCCAUAACUACAAAUGUUACUUAUAAUAAAUACAAUGAUACAAUGA